AUGCUGUUGACACUGCCUCCACCAUCUGGGGAUUCAUCAUUUCGCACCACCGUUCCAAGUGCACCGGGAGCUGAGGUUAAUACAGACCAGCGCAAUCUUCUGGAUGACUUACGAGAAAAAUGGCUUGAAGCUGAAGCUGCUGAGCUUGACAAGAGAGAUGAGAGUGCAUUAAUUUUUGACAAGCGCCUUGAGAUGCUCAUGGUUGUUGCAGAACGAGAAAAAUAUGAUGGUCUUACUAAUGAUACUCCCAAUGGUCCUAGAACAUCUUUAUUCCCAUCUCCUACCGCCCCCAUAGCAAGUGAACAAGAAGAGAAUGUAGGUUAG